GUAGGCCUAUAAAUUAACCCGCGUGCCAAAGAAGCAGGCUAGGUAAGAUACGUUUUGCGACUUAACUGACUAAUGCUAAAGACACUGUCAACAAAUUCAACAGUUUGUAUGUCAAAGAUCAAUCCAUUUCUGCUGUAAUAUCUCAUUAUGGCCAACAUAGCCAGAACCAUCAUGUGCUUGGUGCUUCCGCUGCUGUUUAUGGUGGCUGGAAUGAUGAAGAUUUACCCAGUUUUUCCCGGAGUGUACAAAGAAAUGGUAAACAAGUUUCAAUUGUACAGCACAGCAUUUCCAACUGCUUGGGUUGGAUACCCCCCAGAUCCAGACUUGUACAGAAUCUUCGUAGGAUCCAUGGAACUAUCGAGUGCUUUGGGAGUUCUCCUGGGCCCCACGGGGCUGAAAAAGAUGGGAUGUUGUAUCCUGAUCACAAUCAUGAUGGGUGCGAUCUACACACACUGGUUUUUUCUGGAGUUUAUGCCGAGCCUUGUGCCGCUCGUGUACAUGACCUGGACAAUGUACGUGUUGUGGGUGACCAUGCAGGAUGAAGCCAAAUCGACCAAGAAAAUGAAGACAAACUGAAGACAUUUUUAAUUCCAAUAAACAUAUGUUAAUUAAUACUCAGGAGUGAUACAUUUAACAACUUUGUAAAACUGUAUGGAUUUAAUUUUGAAUUAUAACAUUUUAUAUACAUGUACCUAUCAUAUCUUUGCUUAUUACUUCUCGCUAAAGUUGUAUAACAUAAAUAUGUACUAAUUUAUAACACCAGAGUCUAAAACCCAUUUUAUCCUUCCUUCGAGGAUUAAGAUUUCUUAAUUUUUUUUUUCUAAAAGAUUGAAUCCUUUAACUUGAACCAACUUCCUUUCUUUAUCAACCAAGCCCUUGAUGGAAUUAUCUUCAGCAAUGUAAUUCAUCUAUCUCCAGCUCGACAUUUUAUUUCUUUAACAAAAAAACAGUCUUCAUUGCAGUAAGUGCAUUUCCAUUGUGCCUUAAUGUGCCAUAUACAUAUACAUACUUUAGUAUGUUGAGCAAUGAAAAUCAAGACAAGUUCCCCAUCCAAGUUGCCCUUAUUUAAUCAUAUAGUUUUAUGUGUGUGAAUCAUUUUAUUGUGUGAGUAAUCAAAUUAUUAAGGUUUUUUAUUCCUAGAAUAUUGAUAUCACCCGUUUCGUUGUUUUCUAUUUGCAUAGCAAUCAAAUUUGAACUUGUGGUAUUUUUAAUGGAGGAGUUUCCAUGACACAAAAUCUGAAAGUUGUAAAUCAUCAGAGUUAGGCUAAAGUUUAUUAGUCUGUUCUAAUACAGUUGUACAUACAUAUUUUGUGCGAACAGAGGCAAAGAAAUGUGAUGUCACUUAAUCAAAUAGUAUAUCAAUCAUAGAUUGAUUCAAUGAUAACAGAAGAUUCGUCAGUUUGGUAUGAAUGAUGUACAACAAAUUUGUUUAGUGCACGAACAGAAAUUAAUAACUUGAUUUGCGAGCUUUCGAAAACAUCUGCUUUCUUUGUCCAGCAAAUAGUACAAUAUCGAAGUGUCGGUGUUCUGACUGCAGAAAUCACCAACACUCCGCUAUUGUACUCUUUGCUUGACAAUGGAAGCAGACAUUUUCAAAAGCUCAAAAAGUUAAGUUUUCCAUUUCUGUUUGUGUGCAGUGAUAUUAUUAAUGUAAUUCAACAAACUUUGAUGAUGAUGUCUUUAUGAUACGGCAUUUAAAUUUCAGACAUAGUUUUGUAUUUUUAGACAUUUCAUGAAUCAGAUUCACAUUUCAAAAUUUUUCACAUCAUACAUAUUAUCUUAAUUGAUUUUUAUAUUCUUGUACUUUGAAUUGGUUAAAUAUAAAUUUUUCAUAUUUUGCUAAGUGACUCAAAUAUUAGUAAUUAAGUAAUGUUUCAUCUUGCCAACUGAAUUGUGUGAAUUAUUCAUUUGCGAAGUUUUGAAAUUGUGAGACCAUGUUUCUAUAGUGUUACCUUUUAUUCGAAUGUACAAUGUAUAAUAAAAUGUUGAAGAAUGAAAAGUCAAA